UUUCUGCUCUCUGAUGUCUAAACUGAGCCCUCUUAUUUUACUCUACACCAUAGUUACGGAGGGCACUGUGUGUAUUUGUACUUGCAAUAUGAGGCUGCUGCUCUUUGGGAUUCUGCCAAUCAAGGAGAACGCUUGUGCCCCUCUAUCUAGUGUUACUGUCACCCUGUGUCUUUUAACCCUCCUCCUGAUGGUCAUCUGGGGUCGAAAGAGUAAGAGAUCCUUCUUCCGCUUCCACCAUGACCCCCAGCUGGAUCACACAAAAUACCCCCCACCUCCUGGCCCUAAACCAUGGCCCCUUGUCGGGAAUCUGCUUCAGGUUGGGGAGCAGAUUCAUCUUUCUCUGACCAGGCUGAGGCUUCUGUAUGGAGAUGUCUUUAAGCUCCGUCUCGGCUCUUUGACUGUUGUUGUUCUGAGUGGGUACAGCACUAUCAGGCAGGCUCUGGUUCGGCACGGGGAAGCUUUUGCAGGGCGACCUGACCUCUUCAUCUUCUCUGCUAUAGCCAAUGGGACCAGUAUGACCUUCAAUGAGAGUUAUGGACCUGUGUGGUUGCUCCAUAAGAAGCUGUGCAAGAAUGCCCUCAGGUCUUUCUCCCAGGCUGAGCCAAGGGGCUCUGGUGCCACCUGCCUCUUAGAGGAGCAUAUAUGUGCUGAGGCUGCAGGGAUGGUGCAGGUCAUUCGUCAAAAAGCUGCUCAAGAGGAACCGGAUCACAGUAUGACUGGUAUAGACCCAGCGACGACCUUGGUAACUUCAGUGGCAAAUGUCGUCUGUGCACUGUGUUUUGGAAAAAGGUAUGACUACAAUGACGAGGAGUUUCUCACUAUUGUUCAUAUCAACAAUGAGGUCCUGAGGCUCUUUGCAGCAGGGAAUCUGGCUGAUUUUUUCCCCGUGUUUCGCUACUUUCCGAGUCCAUCUCUGAGAAAGAUAGUCCAGCACGUUCGCAGAAUGAACAGAUUCAUGGAGCGGAACAUUGAGGAACACGUUGACACCUUUGAUAAGAACUGCAUCCGGGACAUUACAGAUGCUCUAAUUGCACUCUGUGAAGAAAGAGAAGAAAACAAGGAUACUUCAAUGCUUUCUGACCAUCAGAUCAUUCACACUGUCAUAGACAUCUUUGGAGCAGGAUUUGACACCAUCAUUGCUGGUUUACAGUGGAGCCUAUUGUACCUCAUCAAGUUUCCUGACAUCCAGGAUAAAAUACACCAGGAAAUAGAUGAGCAUAUUGGAAAAGCCCAGCUGCCCAGGUUUUCCAAUAAGCCCAAGAUGCCUUUCACGGAGGCGUUCAUAUAUGAAGUGUUUCGUCAUGCUUCAUAUGUCCCUUUUACCCUACCUCACUGUACAACAAAAGACAUCACAUUUAAUGGGUAUUUCAUUCCCAAAGACACAUGUGUCUUCAUUAACCAGUAUCAGGUCAAUCAUGAUACUGAUCUUUGGGGCAAUCCUGAGAAAUUUCAUCCUCAGCGCUUCUUGAACCCAUGUGGGCUCCUUAACAAGGAGCUGACAGAGAAGGUCCUCAUUUUUGGUGUGGGAAAAAGACGCUGUCUUGGGGAUGAAUUUGCACGUUUGGAGAUGUUUGUGUUUCUCACCACGCUUCUUCAUGGGCUGCGCAUUGAAAAUGUUCCAGGGCAGGAGCUGGAUCUCACCACUGAUUUUGGUCUGACUAUGAAACCUCGUCCAUACAGGAUUACCAUUUCUCAGAGGUCCUAGACCUUCUGAAAACCCAAAUGAUGAUCUUGUGGAUGUUUUGGAAUUGUACAACAGAAAUUGUAGUUAUUAAUGUUUUUCUUUUGUUUGUUUUGGCAAAUGGGGUGGACGUGUGUGCGUGCACACACACACACACACACAUACACAAAGAUAAAAAAAAACACGGGUCAUUCAAAGUGCUUUACUGCACAUACUCUGAGUCGAUCUGACUUCCACAAUCAAACUGAAAGCAGGAGCUUGAAAACACCACCAUCUAUCACAUGGAUUCCUAUCAUCUUCUCACCUCUAUCAUGUCCUUGUCUUCUCUUUGUCCUCCAUUCCUUGCCUCUUCCUCCUCCUCAUCUACUCUCAAUACUCCCCCAGUAAUAAGCCCCUAAAUAAACCCCACAAUCUUCUCUUUGACCAUCAGCACUGUAACCUCCCACACACCCAGAUAAGAAAUGCACCCCAACAUAUACGGGAGGUAAAGCGUGUGAAAUGGGGCAACGUUAUUUUCAUAAGCUAAAUGUAAAGGAGCUUGGCAGCAGAGUAAGAGAGAAUUACUUCAUUAGUACAUCUGCAAAUGGAAAGUUUUAAAGUUUUAACUUUUGUUAAAUGUUUGUCAGUGAAUAUUUAGUGAGUGCCUGCAUUUAAAAACUACUUUACAAGCAAAGUCUUCAGCUGUUAGCUCUUAGUGAAUUGCUUCACCUGAACAUUACAAGACAAAUCACUUAUGUAAUCUUCAAUGAAGUAAAUUAAUAUCACAUAAAAACACAUUUGUUUGGAAAAUUGUGUUGUGUGCUAUCAUAAGAGUUACAUAAUUAUGUCAAAGAACUAAUAUCACUAAGUUCACUGUCAUUUUUUAUAAUGUCCACAUAAAAUGGGAGCAGAUAAUGGAAAUGGUUAAAAACACACGCGCACACACACACACACACACACACACACACACACACACACACACACACACGCACACU